AUGCCUUCUCAGAAACCCAAAGGAGGAUCACCCAAGCCGGCCCACAACGAAACCAGCGAUCAGACACCGUCCCCAAGUACCGGGAAACCGGAUCAACAGAAUGGCGAGAUCGUGCCGACGCAAAAGCCGUCUGGCGCUCCGCCGACGAACGUGUCGGUGUCGUCGCUCCCGCCCCCAUCGCCAAGCCCUUCGGCCGAUUUCCCAGGGCCCAGCCUUCCGACUGAGCCGUCGAACGAGCCAUCCGACGAGCCGUCGAACGAACCGUCGAACGAUCCGGCAACGCUCACGUCGAAGCAGCUGCAGUCGCAAAAGUCGGACACGAACACGCAGAAGACGGUGCACACCGAGCAGGAGACGCGCAACAAGGAUGCCACCCCCAACGACCUCGAGUCGCAGACGGCGCUCCGCCCGUACCACAUCCCGCCCGAGCAGUUCCACUACAAGGGCCCCGUCGUGCUGCACAACGCGUUUGCCGGGCCCAAGAAGCACCGCUACGACGACGAAAAGUCGACCUCGCUGAAGGGGAUCCAGUGGGACGACCAGGCCCACGAGGCCGCCGAGAUCGGCUCCCAUGUAGAACAGAUUGUGGACGUGGCCCCCGAAGAGGAGCAGAGCACGAUGCCGUCGGGCAGCGGCCCGAUCGAGCCCGACUACGGGCCGUCGCUGGCCGAACCCGCCCAGCCCGUGCCCGCCGAGGCCCCGGCCCCGCCCAAGCACAAGUCCAAGAAGCGCAAGUCGUCCGAGGAGAAGAAGAAGCCGCGCGUCAAGCGUGUACGCCGCCCCGCACACCAU